CCAACAAUACACAACUCAGACAGCAAAGAAGUCACAGUCGAGUUCGAUUCAACAUCGGUGGGAACUAUUUAGUACUCGAAGAGACUCUACACAAAGUCAAUGGAAAAGUCACAGUUGUGCUCGAAACUGACGUUCCGCGUUGUCCGGUUCACUUUCUCAAGCUCCAAAUAGUUAUUCGAAGUGACGUGCGCCAUUAGAACUUAGUUCUUGGAGUGUGAGAAUUUCGAAAUCGGUCAGAAUGAGCGUGACAUCGGCUUUUUCAACACUAAUUAUUCUCGGACUGCUGUCAGUCGCAGUGCGCUCAGCCCCGUUUUCGGUGCGGCAGAACGGCACUCCAGGACGACACUGGGAAACACUUUACUCGCGUUCAUUGGCUCGUAAUCCCUGGGAAAAAAGAGACAUCAACCGGGAUGGUGAUUAUCUAAUGGGCAUCAAGAGACUCAGACGUCUGUAUUGCAAUGUGGGGAUUGGGUUCCACAUUCAAGUGUUACCGGAUGGCAAGAUAACCGGAGUGCAUAACGAAAAUCGAUACAGUCUUUUGGAGAUAUCUCCAGUGGAGAGAGGAGUUGUUACUCUUUUUGGUGUUCGCAGUGGUCUAUUCAUCGCCAUGAACAGCAAAGGGAAGCUCUAUGGAUCUAGCCACUACAACAAUGAGUGCAAGUUUAAGGAGAAUCUCCUGGCAAACAAUUACAAUGCAUAUGAGUCUGCCGCUCACGCAGGGAUGUAUAUUGGAUUGAGCAAGACAGGCAGGACAAAGAAAGGAAACAGAGUGACUCCAGCAAUGACAGUGACACACUUCUUACCAAGAAUCUGACCGACUGUGGCUCGCUCAGUUACCUCACACCUUGGAGGGAAG